GCGCGCGCACCGACCUCCCUUCAGCUCCGCUCCUCCGCCAUGGCCGCCUACCGCCUCGUCCUCGUCCGCCACGGCGAGAGCGCCUGGAACCUGGAGAACCGCUUCAGCGGUUGGUACGAUGCCGAUCUCAGCCCCGCCGGUCAGCAAGAGGCGCGGCGCGGCGGCGAGGCCCUCCGAGAUGCUGGCUACGAGUUCGACAUCUGCUUCACCUCGGUACAGAAACGGGCCAUCCGUACCCUCUGGACUGUCCUGGAUGCCAUCGAUCAGAUGUGGUUACCCGUUAUCCGAACCUGGCGCCUGAAUGAGAGGCACUACGGGGCUCUCACCGGUUUGAACAAGGCUGAGACGGCGGCGAAGCAUGGCGAGGCGCAGGUGAAGAUCUGGAGGCGCUCGUAUGACAUCCCUCCGCCUCCCAUGCAGUCCGAUCACCCCUUCUACAGCACUAUCAGCAAGGACCGUCGCUACGCUGACCUGACGGAGGACCAGCUGCCGACGUGCGAGAGCCUGAAGGACACGAUCGCCCGGGCUCUGCCUUUCUGGAACGAGGAAAUCGUCCCACAGAUCAAAGAGGGCAAGCGAGUCCUUAUUGCUGCCCACGGCAAUAGCCUGCGUGGGAUUGUCAAGCACCUGGAAGGAAUGUCGGAAGAGGCCAUCAUGGAGCUGAACCUGCCCACCGGCAUCCCUAUCGUCUACGAGCUGGACAAGAACCUGAAACCCGUCAAGCCCAUGCAGUUCCUGGGGGAUGAGGAGACGGUGCGCAAGGCCAUGGAGGCCGUCGCUGCUCAGGGCAAGGUCAAGAAGUGAGGGCGGGCAGCAGGCUAGCACGUAGUAGAGCCCCCCGCCAUCCCCCACCCCUCUGUGCACACCCCCCACAGCCGUAGGAACUUGGAGCUGCGGAGCUGGAGCAGCUCCCCCGGAUUAGGCCCGUUCCCUCGGGACCAGGCUCCCCUCUGCAGACAGCCUGAGGGCCCGGGGGCAAGGGGCCGUGCGCGCGGAGGUCUGGUGUGAAAGGGAGCCCUGGCUCUGCCGGGCAGCGACCGCACACCUCUCCGCGCCGAGAUCCCAGCCCUCGGGCCCCGUCUGCAGGGGGACGCGCCGAGCGAUCCCUCGCCGUGCCAGGCUCCUCCUCUGCUUUGCUUCCCCGGCAGCUCUCGUCACCCGGUUACUGUAGUUUUGUUGCUUGAUUUAGUCAUCCUGGGAGCAGUGGGGCGAGCGCAGCGCAGGCAGCGACCAAGAUGGGUACCCCGUCCCCUCGUGGGUGUGUGGCACAAGGACCGGGAUGCGUAGACACCGAGAGGAUUGUAUUUUGGUGCAUGUGGUACAGCGCCCAAGGGUGGCACUCGCGACUCUGGACCUAGCUCUGCCAGCCCCUGCUUUAACUUAUUGCCUUUGGACAAGGGCGAGGGAGGGAGCGGGUUGUUUGGAGGUUCGUGUCCGCCACACACUUCCCCCAGCCGAAGCCCAUCCUAGUCCUGCUGGUGAAGCAGGUGCCGUUGUGCCCCAUCCCACGUGUGUGUACGUGGCCCUGUCGCUGUGGCCUCCCCCUCUGCCGGCGCCGCGAGCCUGGGCUUGCACGGGGUCAGUGUAACUGUCCAACAAUAGCAGCUGUCUUGUUCCAGUUCAAUAAAGGAGUAAUGCGCAAUAA